CGAGUCCCGCUGAAUUCAGAGAACUUAUUGCUAAGAGAGUGCACUAUAAAAAAUACAGAUUACGUUGAGGGUAUCGUUGUGUACGCGGGACACGAAACAAAGGCCAUGCUGAACAACGGCGGGCCGCGGUACAAGUGCUCAAAGCUUGAGCGUAAGAUGAACACCGACGUAAUCUGGUGUGUACUCGUGCUGCUCUUCCUAUGCUGCGCCGGCGCCGUCGGCUGCAAGCUCUGGUACGACCAUUACAGCCCGCUCCUCUACAAAGUUACGCCCUUUAUUACCUACGCGGACAAGCCCGCAUACGAGGGCCUCCUGAUCUUCUGGACCUACAUCAUCGUACUCCAGGUCAUGAUACCAGUGUCCCUCUACGUUACGAUCGAAAUGACCAAACUGCUCCAGGUGUACCACAUUCAUCAGGACGUCGAAAUGUACGACCCAGUUACCAAUACACGAACGGAGUGUCGAGCUUUAAACAUCACCGAAGAGUUGGGGCAGAUCAAUUACUUGUUUAGCGAUAAGACGGGGACGUUGACGGAGAACAAGAUGGUGUUCAGACGGUGCACGGUGGGCGGCGUGGACUAUGAUCACCCGCCCGGUCCUCCCGCCGAGCCUUCGCCCGACCUACCGCCAAUCGUGACGCCCAUCACCAAAGUGUCGCCCAACAGGAGGAUGCUGCAACACAUGCAGGAUAACAACGACGCUCAACAUACGCAAAAGGUACGCGAGUUCCUCCUGAUGCUGGCAGUAUGCAAUACGGUAGUGGUGAGCCAGCCGCACGUAGACGCCAUGCAGCUGAGCGGCUCGCAGUCCGGCGGACACUUCCCCACAGACCGAUCCGCUGAUCGCCCCGCAAGAUCCAACGGCACGCUGCGGUCCAACGACAAGUAUGCGCGGCUGACGGAGUCCAGGUCGACAACGCCCUCGCCACCGCCCUCCACCACAUCCCCGCUGCGCAUCCGCCUGCCGCGCUUCCCCUUCGGCGGCCGCGACGACACCAGCAGCGAGCCCAGCACCUCUGCAGACUGUCAGUUGGCGCGUUUCGAGGCGGAGAGCCCGGACGAGCUGGCGCUGGCGGAAGCGGCACUUGCGUACGGCUACGAGCUGCGCAGCCGCGCGCCCGACGAGGUUGAAGUGGGCGUGCGCGGCGAGGUGGUGCGCUAUAAGGUGCUGCGCGUGCAGCAGUUCGACUCCAACCGCAAGUGCAUGUCCGUCGCCAUGCGUCUGCCAACCGGACAGGUGAUCCUGUACGUGAAGGGCGCGGACUCCGCGGUGCUGGGCGCGCUGACGCCGAUGCGCGCGGGGUCUGCGGAGGCGGCGGCGUACGAGCGCACGCGCGCGCUGCUGUCGGAGUACGCGCGCGCCGGCCUGCGCACGCUCGUCAUGGCCAAGCGCACCAUGCAGCCCGCGCUCUGGGAGGAGUGGCUCGCGGGACACGCGCGCGCCUCCGAAAUUGGAGAAGGUCGCGAGAAGCGCAUCCGCGAGUCCCUGGCGCGGCUGGAGAGCGCGCUGAGCCUGGUGGGGGCGACGGGCGUGGAGGACCGGCUGCAGGAGGCGGUGCCGCGCACC